AUGCCGCCGGAGAAGAGAUCCGAAGAUGGCGGUCUCCGUUCGUCGACGUCCUUCGAGAACGAUCUCGAGGACGAUCGACGGGAAAGAGAUGCGAUCGCGUCGGAUUUCCCGAUUGCGUUCGGAUGCGAGCGGGGAGUAGUAGGAGUAGUAGAAGAAGUUAGUAGCAGCAGCAGCAGCAGCAGCAGCAGCAGCAGCAACGACGGCAACAGUACAGUAGUAGUAGUAGUAGUAGUAGGAAGAGAUGAAGGAAAAGAAGAAGUAGUCGGAAGAGGUGGAAUUCGAGUUCACGAACCAACAUUCAGUCUCGCUCGGGUACAGGAAGUGGCGAGAAGAACGAGAGCUACGUCUCGCGCGUCCAAUGCCGAAAGUGUGGAUACCUCGGACAACACCCCGGCCCCGGCGCUGCCCCCGCGGCAGCCGCUCCGACCGCGUAACGCCGCCGUCGUCUUGAAGUGCGAGGACGCGCCGCGACGUACGGCGUCGACGGCGACGACGGAUAAUACGGCAGCGACGGCGGCUACGACGACGACGGCGCCGCCGAGGAGGACAACGACGACGCCGACGACGACAGCGGCCACGGUUGCGCCAGCCACGUUCUCCACGUCCCACGGCUCAACGAACCCCCCGGCCGUUGUUCGAGUGUCGCCGCAGCCGCCGCUCUUGACGCCGCCCCAAUAUCCUGCGCCCCCACGGCCCCCUAGUCGUACCGGUGGGGAUGAAGCGCGUGUCGCGAGGGCGAGAGGAAGCGGACGCGGAGCAUUACCGAGCCCCAUCCUCGCUAAUGGAACGCCCUCGUCGAGAGUGUCACCACCUCGCGCGGGCUGGGCAGUGCGGAUUACCGAGGAGACAUUACCCCAACGUCAAGUCAGCGUCCAUCGGUUCCAGAUACACCAUCGACGGCCGUCGAACGAUGGGCUAGCGAGCGGACGGCACCGGUUUGACGGGUUGUGCCGCAUCGUCGUUGUCAGCAGCAGCAGCAGCAGCAACGGCAACAAACGUACGAGGAGGAUCGUUUUCCGCAGCGGAUCGAGGACCAGCUAGCACGGCUGGUAUCCGUCU